AGCCUCCUUUGGUUCGGGCGGCGUUUUUCGCAUGCAGGGGACCCUGGUCGCCCCGCUGCCGCCCCCCGCGAUGACAGCUGCGGGACCGCUCCUGGCCGGCGCCGCGCUGCCCGAGGCGCCGGUGCUCUUCGCGGGGGCGCUCGGGGGGCCGCUGGUGAUCGGCCUGUGGGCUCCGCUGCGCAACGCCUGCACGCUGGCGGCGCAGGACAGCCGCUCCACCGCCAGGCAGAUCAUUCUCCAGCGCGUGUUCGGCCGCGGGCUGCUGCAGGGCUGGACAGGCGCGUCCGCCCCCGCGGCGGCCGCGGCGGUGCAGUUCACCACCCUCGGGCCCGGCUACCACUUCUUCAGGCACCACCUCGGCAGCUCCGAGGCGGCCGUUGCCGCUGGCGCGCUGGCGGAGUCUGUGAUCACCUAUGCCCCGAGCACCCGGAACGCGCAGCUGAUGCACAACAGGGUGGCCGACGCGCCCGAGCGGGUCACGGUGCGGGGCUUCCUGCCGGCGGGCCCCGGCUUCGGCGCCCUGGUGGCCCGCAAUUGCCUGGCCAACGCGGGCAUCCGCGUCCUGUCGCAGCCGGUUGCGGAGGCGAUUACGCGCGUCGCGCCGCCCGGGGUGCGCGAGUCCGGGGCGUGCAAGGUCGGCGGAGACUUCUUCGCCUCCGUGCUUUGCGGUGUACUCUCAAUGCCGUUCAACCAGCUGUUCAACUUCCAGGUGACCUCUCGCGCCAGCCUCGAGUCCACCCCGGCGGAUCGCGCGCGGCUGGGCGUGGAGUUCCUGAAGAGGCAGUACUUUGUGACCAGCUCCAGCGGCGCGCUGAGGCCGAGCAGGAUCAUGCUGCGGGACGCCUCCCUGCGGAGCAUGUACAUCGGCUGCGUGUUCAGCACGUACGCGGCCGUCGAGCGGGCUGCUCUGAGCAUUGCCGCGCGUGCCUGAGCAGAGCGGAGGGCGAUGGUUCGGGAGGCCUCAGCAUCGGAUUGCCUAACCAAGACGCUCGGGGGCAGCAGAGCGACGAGGGCCACACGGGCGCGAGGGCACAGCGAGGGCGUGCCCCCCCGCCUGCGGAGGGCGCGCCGGCAGAAGGCCGGCCCCGGGCGCCCCGCGCGGCGCGCAGCCCCCGUAAAGCCGGGGGCUGCCCAGGCCGCCGUUUUUUUGUCCGGCGAUCGAGGGUCGAUCCAUAGUCAGUCAGCGGCAUCGCAACGGGUACUCCCUCGCGGGCACUUUUCUGGAAACUUGCCGAAGGUUGCCACUUCAAGGCUUCUGUCUGGCCCUGCAGCGUUGCCCCCACAUCGGGGAGGGCUGGGUUCGCCAGGGCACGGGCCAAAGUACCCGUCAGUGGAGUCCCCGUUGGUGGGGCGCUGACGUCAUCCAUGCUGCUGCCCCCCAUUCCGGGUGUGGCUAAAAGAAGGUCCGCACCUGCGGCCAGCUUCUCUCAGCCACGUCCCCCUUCUCUGGCCCCCACGGUGGAACGCGGGGCGUGAGCAGGGGCACAGGCGCAGCGUCGGUCGCCAUUUGUUCAUCGCAUGCCUCCGCGGCGGCUCCUUCUGCUACAGCGCGCUCUCGCGCGCCUCUCCCGGGACGGGAGAGGGCAAGGGUCCGUCAGGCCCAGGGUCGGGGGUUAGGUGGCCCCAGAGCCUUCCUCGGAGCGCCCCGAGAGCAGAGGGCGCCGGGGGCCAGGAGGACGAGGACCUUCGUGCACACGCUGGCGCGAGCGGCUGCACACGGUCAGUGCGCGGCAGACCUGUCGAGGUCCAGCCAUCUCAUUCCGCUGGUGUGUCGCGCGCGCCGGGCCUUCCUUGGCGUCGCGCACACAAGGGGGCGGUCAUUCUAGGCCAGAGGUGUGCAUAUGGUUCUUGGCCAUCAGCCUCUGAUGGAUUCGGAGGUGCACGAGUGCGCAGGUAGGCUUUACAUUGCCCUUUGGAACUUGGGCACCCGGGGCACGCCGAUGCACUGUCAAGCAGGUCCGGUUCUACCGACGCCGUGGCUGCGGCAGUGCUUGCAGAGUUGGACACAGUUUUUGCGGGAACGACACCAAUCUCAUCUUCAUCGAUGGGGCGAGCUGAGUAGUGGUGCCGGAUGUCGUUCGUUUUUUUGUCUGGCAAUCCUGGAUGCAGGUGUACAUAGGCCAGCGUUGCCUGGUGGAUGUGGUGAUGCAGGCAUCCCUGUACCAGGCGUGCAUGUACCCAGCACUGGCGUGGCACAUGCCGUGGCGCGAGCGACAGGGACUUUGCGCCUCCGGCGCGCGUGCUCGGGCGCUGUGGCGCCGAGACCUCUUUUGGCCCGUCCCGCGCGCUCGCUCCGUGCACGCACGGCUGCACAGUAAUGCUCCGUGUCAACUUUGGGCCACCCGCCUGCUGGCUGGACGUCAAAAGCAUC